AUGACCACACCUGCAGAGAUCGCUGCGUCACUGACCAUGGAUGACAUACCGGUCAAGCUUCGCUGCGCAGCUUGCAACAAGCUUGCCAACAACGCGUUCCGCCUGCCGUGCUGUGAUCAGUCAAUAUGCGAAGACUGUCAGGCUUCGCUCCCUGUAGCUUGUCCAGUAUGCUUGCAUGAGCCUAUGGUGCCCGACGAUUGUCGGCCAAACAAAGCACUGCGAACUACAAUCAAAGUUUUCCUCAAGAAGAAGGUUAUGGAGCGUGAAACGGCUAGGAAGAAAGAAGCUGUGGAGAAAGUGUCUGCUACACCGGCCACUCCUGCUACGCUAUUACCAGAUCAGACACCAGCUCCACAACCACCCGAGACUUCGGCGCCGCCUCUCACAUCUGCAGUAACAGACAGUAGCGACGCCAAGCAAGGCUCUCGCGAUGUGUCCCAGCCCCCCCAGUCCCAGGAACGUGCAGGCUCGAAGACUGAGGGGUCAGCCAUACCUACUGAGGCCCAGAAAGACAUUCCACAGGAUUCUAUUGAGUCACCUGGUGCCGAGAUUUCUAGACGAGCAUCCACGCAAACGGCUGGUGACGGUAGCGUUGGUCAGGAAAAGACAGAUGAUAACGAAAAGCAAAUGGAGCAGCAGCAGCAGCAGUCUAUGGGUCAGAAUGAGCAAUGGGCACAAAACAAUGUGCAGGGGAUGAAUAUUGGCGGCUUCGGUUUCGAUGGUACCAAUGGUGGCUUUCCCAAUAUGGGCUUCAAUGGGGUGGGAGACUUUAACCAAAUGAUGCAAUUCGGAAUGCCCAACCCUAUGAUUGGCGCAUUUCCCAACAUGAUGGGUAUGCCAGGCAUGGGCAUGGAUCCUAUGACCAUGUCGCAGGGUAUGUACGGCGGCUUCAGCGGGCAAGGCAUGGGUAUGAAUGGCAUGAACAUGGGCAUGGGCUUCAAUAAUGCUGGACAAGGAGCGUUCGGAGGAGGAUUCAACGGGCAACCCGCAGCAUGGAACGCAGGCCAAGAUAAAUUCAAUCAAAAUGCUUAUGCUGGUCAGGCAGGAAUGGGCGGUGGUGACUUUGGAGCUAAUACUGGAUAUGGUGGAUAUAAUGUGCCACCGCAUCAAGGAAACUUCAACCAGAUGCAUCAACAUCAAUAUCCCAAUAAUGAUUUCCAUCACGGUCACCAUGGCCAAGGCUUCCAAAAUCGCGGUCGUGGCCGAGGUCGUGGAUACACAAAUGCAGGACGCGGUCGCGGAGGCUACAGUCAGAAUUUUUCUCAAGGUAAUCCAAAUCAGAACCAGACUAACCACGAAUCGUUCCAUCAGCAAGUACCACCACAAGUCACGCGGAGAGGUUCCCCAACUUAUGGCCCACAACAAGAUCAGCCAGCGCAACAGCAACAGGAUCAGGGCACUACUGGAAGCCAGCAGGACGCUAGGCCAGAGGAGAAUGCCAUCGGGCUUACGGCUGAAGAGCAGCUCAACAAAGAGCUUGACCCUGGCGAUGCAGAUGAAAACGCUGAGAAGCCUCCAGAUCUAUCUAUCAAGGAGGAACAAGUAGAACCGCCAGCGGAACAAGCGGUCGCCAAGACAGAGGCCCCAGAAGAGACCCAGCCUGAGACAGUGCCGGAAACGAAAGAAGAGAAGCCCGAAGCUAUACCAGCCUUCGUAUCCGAUGAAGUUUCAAAGCCAGAGGUACCUGCUGUCAAUACCAGCGCCUCUGUUCCGCCCACGAUGAUGCCUCCACCUAGCCCUAUGAUUCCCACAGGUCCCUCAGCUUUCCAUGCCGACCAACCACUAGACACGAGUCCACGGGGCCGUGGUGCUGGCCGUGGCUUCUAUGGGAGUCCGGACUAUCGUGGUGGAUCGCGUGGCCGAGGCUCUGGGUACCCUCUUCAUAACGGCUUUCCUCGUGUCACUCCACCAAUAGUAAAGGCUGUCGCUCCUCCUAGUGCGCCCAAGGGUCUUGGCGUCGAAGGUGCGCCCAAGGGCCCCAAGGCCUUCAGACAGGGCCAACCAAACACUGGUAUUAAAGGAUUCUCCAUAGUUGGCCGCGCUUCUGUUGUCGCGCAAAGUGGACCUAACAGUUCCACAGCAACUAAAAGCCCAUCCCGUGAACGCUCACGUUCCCCCACCAAGCAUCAAUCCUCCCACCACCGACAUCAUCGCCACCGCUCCACCAGCCCCUCAAGCGACAGCGAGCAUGAGAAGCGACGAGAGCGCCACCGUCGUCAUUCUCGGAAGCACGAGGACGAGAACGGCGAGACCAAGGAAUCCAAAGAUUCACGCACAAGAGUCGCAUCAGCCGAUUCAUCGACUAAGCGAGCCUCGCAUCGAAGCCGUCGUGAUCACGACAAAGAAAAGGACACAGAGCGAAGCAGUCACCGCUCGCACCGAUCCCACCAUGAUAAAAGCAGAGACGAUGACAAGGACCAUCGAAGCAACAGGAAGCGAUCAAAGUCCCCAGAGAUCACUAUCAACGGCGCCAGCAGACGCACCAUACCCAGCACUAACACCAACGCUAAUGGCCAUACCAAAAAGCACGAUGACCCCUUCCAAUCAUUGCGCAAGCGGCGUUCCGAUGACGAAGAGCACGAAGACCAUCACCGGGAACGGAAGCGCUCUCGCCGCGAGCACGAAGACGUGCCCGAAGAGAAGGAAAACGGUCACCGUUCCUCCAAACCCAGCAAGCGUGAAAACAAAGAUCCAAGAUCCAACCACGAUAGACCUCCCAAAGGGCCCGCCCAGGAAAAGGAAAAGGAAAAGCACAAGCCUCUGGAUGUGGAGACCGAAAAGCCGAAGUCACCCCCCAAAGGACCGAAGAUAGACCAGCACGCCCGAGAGCGCGAGGCGAGGAAUGCGGAGAGGGUGGCCAGAGAGGAGCAGCGGAAGGCGAGGGCGAUGGUGGGGCAGAUUGGGGGCGGGAGCGCGGCGGGAAGUGGGAGGGUCAACGGGAAGGCUGCGGGCCCGGGGAGGAGGAUGAGCUACAAGUACGAGGAUGAAGAGACUACGCUCAUGAAGGGGGAAACCGAGCGGGAGGCUCUGCGGUAUCGGUGA